GUGGCAGGCGAGGCCGAGCACGGUCUUUCGGGCCGGGACACCCGAAGCUAUCAGGUAACCUUCCAGGCAGUCCCGUGGGGAGAAGAAAGCGGACCGACAGCAGCGGCGGCUGCUAGCCCGGAGCCGGAAGUGCCACGUGUCCCGAUUGCGCUUGCGCGGCCGGCUGCUGCCAGACACUUCCGGCCAAGGCCUCCCUCCUUCUCUCUCCGCUUGGGUGCUGCUUCCAGCCCGGCGUUCUGUCCCCACCUUUCCGACUCCCAAGUCUUAGAUCCCAGGCCAGGCCGUGGCCGCCGGCGGGCUGGGAAGAAUGCCGCGCCAUGCCUAAGGCUGGAUGCGCUGCCCUCUUUCCCCGCCUUCAUUCCUGAGUCUUACCCGCUUCCCUGGCUUCCAGCAGUCGUCUUUCAGUUCUUCGUUUGGCGCUGUCGCCGACCCGACCAGCCCCUUCCAACUCCGAUAACCAGCGUUGUCAUGUCCCAGCCGGGGGUACCGGCCUCCGGCGGCGCUCCAACCGGCCUCCAGACCCAGAACGGGGCUGCCUCGGCCUUGGGGUCUCCUUACACCAACGGUCCUGUCCAAAGUGCACUGAUAUCUUCACAAGUGUCAGUGAGCCAAGAAUAUAAUUCUCAACUUCCAGGAUCCUACCCUCAUCUAAUGCCAGCAAGGACUUUGAAUCCAGUCUCUGGACAGUCUAACUAUGGUGGUUCUCAAACUGUUUCUCCAUUAAGUAAUUAUCAGGGACCUGGGCAGACUCUUUAUAGACCACCUGUGGCUUCUAAUCCAGUGACACCUUCACUCCAUAGUGGUCCUGUUCCCCGAAUGCCACUAACCACUUCUCAGAACCCAACUGCUACACCAAUGCCUUCUGGUAGCUUUCUUCCUGGAGCCAACGUACCACCACCUUUGAAUUGGCAACAUAACUAUCCAUCCACAGGAUCACAGACAAACCAUCGUCCACAUGCGUCAUCCCAACCAGCUGUGUCUGGGAAUACAAAUUUGACAUCAAGUCAUCAAUAUGUAUCUUCUGGAGAUCCUUCGCUUCAAAACAACCUCAUAAAACCAGGUUCUGCACCCCCCUUAGUGAAUCCACCUCUGCCUACCACUUUUCAACUGGGAGCUCCUGUUGGGCCCCCUCCCAGUGGAGGACCACCUCCAGUAAGGGCCCUCUCUCCUCAGAAAUCACCUAGAGCUAUGCCCCAGCCCUCAUUUAAUUCAGCUAUCAACCAAGGUAUUGCAUCAAAUACCAAUAAUGGAUCUAUGGUGGUUCACAAUAGUUACGAUGAAAUUGAAGGCGGUGGCUUCUUGGCAACACCACAGCUUACUAAUAAGAAUCCCAUCAUGAGCCGAAGUGUUGGAUGUUCAUAUCCCUCCUUACCACCUGGUUAUCAGAACACACCACCACCUAAUACAACCGGAAUGCCACCCUCUUCCUUGAAUUACUCAAGUGGGCCACAGUCCUUUACUCAGACUCCUUUAGGUGCUAAUCAUUUAACUGCAAGCAUGAGUGGAUUAAGUCUACAUCCAGAGGGGCUAAGAGUUCUCAAUCUUCUUCAAGAAAGAAACAUGCUUCCACCAACACCUUUGCAGCCUCCAGUUCCAAAUUUGCAUGAAGAUAUCCAGAAACUCAACUGUAACCCAGAAUUAUUUCGAUGCACCCUGACUAGCAUUCCUCAGACUCAGGCCUUACUGAAUAAAGCCAAACUUCCUUUGGGACUGCUGCUCCAUCCAUUCAAAGACCUAGUGCAAUUGCCUGUGGUUACCUCCAGCACUAUUGUGAGAUGCCGUUCAUGCAGGACAUAUAUCAACCCUUUUGUCAGCUUUCUUGAUCAAAGGAGAUGGAAGUGUAACUUAUGUUACCGACUCAAUGAUGUUCCUGAAGAAUUCAUGUACAAUCCCUUGACCAGAGUCUAUGGCGAACCUCACAGAAGACCUGAAGUUCAAAAUGCUACUAUCGAAUUUAUGGCUCCUUCAGAAUACAUGUUACGACCACCUCAACCUCCAGUGUACCUCUUUGUAUUUGAUGUGUCUCACAAUGCAGUUGAAACUGGAUACUUGAGCUCAGUUUGCCAGAGUUUGUUAGACAAUCUGGAUUUGCUUCCUGGUAACACUAGGACAAAAAUUGGCUUCAUAACAUUUGAUAGUACAAUCCAGUUCUACAGUCUUCAAGAAGGUCUCUCGCAGCCUCAGAUGCUGAUAGUUUCAGAUAUUGAAGAUGUUUUUAUACCUAUGCCAGAGAACUUAUUAGUAAAUCUAAAUGAAAGUAAAGAGCUUGUUCAAGAAUUACUGAAAACUUUGCCGCAAAUGUUCACCAAGACCCUGGAAACCCAGAGUGCCUUGGGUCCUGCGCUUCAGGCUGCCUUCAAGCUGAUGUCCCCAACUGGUGGUCGAAUGUCGGUUUUUCAAACACAGCUCCCAACUCUUGGUGUAGGAGCCCUGAGACCCCGAGAGGAACCUAACCCAAGGUCCUCUGCUAAGGAAAUUCACUUGACACCAUCUACUGACUUCUAUAAGAAAUUAGCCUUGGACUGUUCUGGUCAGCAGGUAGCUGUUGACUUAUUCCUUCUCAGUGGACAGUAUUCUGAUUUAGCCUCUCUGGGUUGUAUUUCUCGAUAUUCAGCAGGCAGUGUCUAUUACUAUCCUUCUUACCACCAUCAGCAGAACCCAGUCCAAGUACAGAAAUUACAGAAGGAACUACAGAGAUACCUUACUCGGAAGAUUGGCUUUGAGGCAGUCAUGAGAAUUCGUUGCACCAAGGGUCUUUCCAUUCAUACUUUCCAUGGGAACUUCUUUGUUCGGUCAACAGACUUACUGUCUUUGCCUAAUGUAAACCCAGAUGCUGGGUAUGCAGUACAGAUGUCAGUAGAAGAGAGUCUGACUGACACUCAGUUGGUUUCCUUUCAGUCAGCACUCUUGUAUACAUCCAGCAAAGGUGAAAGAAGAAUUCGUGUUCAUACUUUGUGUUUGCCAGUAGUUUCAACUCUGAAUGAAGUCUUUCUUGGAGCUGAUGUUCAAGCAAUUUCAGGAUUAUUGGCCAAUAUGGCUGUUGACAGGUCUGUGACUGCCAGUUUGAGUGAUGCGCGGGAUGCCCUCGUCAAUGCCGUCAUAGACUCUCUUUCAGCUUAUCGUUCUUCAGUCCUAAGUAACCAGCAGCCUGGACUCAUGGUUCCUUUCUCUUUGCGGCUUUUCCCACUCUUUGUGUUGGCUCUUCUUAAACAGAAAUCAUUCCAGACUGGGACUAAUGCACGUCUGGAUGAACGCAUUUUUGCUAUGUGUCAAGUGAAAAAUCAGCCCUUGGUUUACCUUAUGCUUACAACUCAUCCCAGUUUGUAUAGAGUUGACAAUCUCUCUGAUGAGGGAGCACUCAGCAUCAGUGAUCGCACCAUACCUCAGCCACCUGUUCUUCAGCUUUCAGUGGAGAAGCUGAGCAGGGAUGGGGCUUUCCUCAUGGAUGCAGGCUCUGUACUGAUGCUUUGGGUUGGAAAAAACUGUGGGCAGAAUUUUCUCAGUCAAGUUCUAGGAGUUCAAAACUAUGCAUCAAUUCCACAGAUUAUGACAGACCUUCCGGAACUUGAUACACCCGAAUCUGCCAGAACAGUAGCUUUCGUCUCUUGGCUGAGAGAGCAGAGACCGUUUUUCCCAAUACUUUAUAUAAUAAGGGAUGAGAGUCCAAUGAAAGCAAACUUCCUUCAAAACAUGGUAGAAGACAGAACAGAAUCUGCAUUAUCGUAUUAUGAAUUCCUCUUGCAUAUACAACAGCAAGUGAAUAAAUGAACAAAUGAAGAUCUUUGACUUUGUUAUUUCUAAGGAAGGUCACAAUAAUGCAGAACACCUGAGAAUGUUUAAUACCUUCUGUUUCUAUUAGGUUUAUAGACUAAUGUGAUGUUUAUAUGUUCUCACUGUGAUUUCAACAAACAAUAGCAAAUAAAGCACCACAGCAGAGAAUCAAACAUGUAAAUCUGAAAUACUGUAUUUUUCAAAUCAAAGUAUAUGUACAUGUGAUUGGAUACCUUUUUUCCUUUGCUGCCAAUUAUGUUUAAGUUGUUACGGAUUGAAAUAAGAUGAGACAAUAUUGCAGAGGCAAAGUACAUUUUGUAAAAUAAAGACUUCUGUGUUCCAAAUGUAUAUUUCUCAUUUUUUUCUUGAAACUUUGGCUGCUAUGUUUAAAACCUCACAAGACUAAGUGUUGCAGGGAAGUUACAAAUCCAUUGAUAAUGCCAUUUUGUUCUAAAAAAAAUUUAAAAAGUAAAUUAUAUGUAGAAAAACUAGAAUCCAUUCCCCACAGUCUUUUUUUUUUUUUUUUUUUUCUUAAGGAAGAGAACAGAUCAUCAUGUUAACUAAAACUAGAGUAAACUAACUCUAGUGUAGCUUGAGGAGAAUAUAAUGUUCCUAAAAUAAUAUAAAACUAAUAACAGUCAAGCUUUAAAAUCUGUCAGUAUUUUCUAUACUUGAAGAACAAAGUCACUUUGAUUUGAAGUGAAAAGUAUAAUUAAGUGGUUUUCUGAUUCGACUGCAGAAGACUUGGACAUACUAUUUUAUUUUGCAGUGAAAAAUAUCUGAGCUGUCUUCAUAAAUAUGUUGGGACUGGCAAUGAUAUAAUAGGGAGAUGAGAAACUUUAGUUAUCUUGAUCCUUUAAAAGUGGGUUUUGUUUGGUACAUUUCUGCUCUGUGAUGUCUAAGUGUUAUAUUGGUGAAAUGAGGAUGAAUGAAAAAAGGCUUCUUAAAUGUCUCAAAUGCAUCAGUAACAUUUUUAUGAGGAGCUUAAUAAUUAAAUUGGAACUUGCUCAUAAGAUUUAUUAUUGGAUAGUAAAACUUAUUAAGGCAUAAAUGCUGCUGUUUGAUUUGGUGGAUAUUAAGAUUAUACAAAUCAAGUAUAUUGAAAUUGAUUUCUAAAUAUGCUAAGAGAGUACUUUAUUGAUUCAGCCAGAGAAAUACUAUAGUCAAAACCAUUAAGUGAAUUUUGUUUACAAAUAGGUGAAUUACACAUUUGUAUAUUUUAAGUGCUGUGAUAGAAUAUUUUUAAAAGAGUUUGUCCCAGUUUUCAGAUUCAUCUUGUCUUGUAUGAACUUCUUAAAGUAAAAGAUGUUCAUGUGUAAUACUUGAUGAAGAGAUUUUUGUUUCUUUGUUUUAACGGUUUAGAAAAAUGUGUUUACAAUCUUGGUCUCAUAUGAUCACCAAUGAAAUAAUAACUUUCAGGUUUACAUCAAUAUGAGCUGACUUUAACUGAGUUGUUCUGAGGUAGAGAAGAAGCAGGUCCCGCUAGAGUAAACACCACUGCUUGCCAGCAAGACCAGAAUAAUUGUGUUUUAUAAAAAUCUCAUAUUCCUUAAGCAGUGUUAAGAUUUAUUUUCAAUAUGCAAAUGGUUCUUUGAACUGGAAAUUUUCUCACAAGCUGCUUCAUUUAUGAGGAAGCAGUUUUCAAAUUGUAGCAAAUUAGAUUUACAUUUUCCCCUCUGAAAGAAACUGAGAGUCAUUAUGCACUGAUGUUUCUUAAAAUAACUAAAAGUCUCUUCUUAAUGUGAAUUUUAAAUGUUGGUAUUUGUAGGCCCUUUCUUAAUAGUAGCAAAGAAUGUUCCACCCGGAAAGUUUGUGCUUCUAAGACAGUAAUCUUCCUUGUACCUCACUUCAUCCCUAAGUGAGUAUGACUCUUUUUAUUAUCACAUUCUUUGUUAUCAUAUUUCACAAAUUUACUUUUAAAAAUUGUUUUAGAUAUUGUGUAACAUGUGCAAUCCAGAAUCAUUUUAUAAUAGCCAGGUCAAAAAACAUAACUUCAGUUAGGAUUCACAGUAUUUGUUCCCUGGAUAAUGAGGGAAUGAGUGAACCUUUUGGAGAUACUGAUAUUAAGCAAUUAUUUUUGGCAAGAUUGAAUGUUUUUUAGUUUAAUUUUUUUUUUUGCAGUAGUGCACACUACCUACUGUCUCAUCUCGUAUUACUUUUUGAUGGAAAGUAACUAAUAUUUACACUAUGCCAUAUUUUUUUUAUUGUAGUUGUAAAUUAUGAAAGAUCCUUGAAUUUUCUAUGGAUCUACAACUACUAAAGUAACAGACAAGGGCAAUCUUGGUAUUUAAAUCUGAGCAUGGCAGUUCUACCGUAAAAAGUACUCUAUUUUUCUAAUUUAUAGAUUUUUAAAAUAACAUUCUGUAAGUCUGACAUACUAAUAUUCACUCAAGCCAUAACAUUUAUUUUAGUUUGCAUAUACUUCAUUGUUUUAAUUUAACGUGAUAUAUUGAGUCUAACAGACUGUUUUAAAAUAAUUAGAAUAAAAAAUUUAUUUCUUCUAAUCAAAGAUGCAUAAUAGCUAUUAUCUAGGGGACCACCAAAUGUGAUUUCAAGAUUUUGUUAACUAUUAAAAUAUAAUCCUUACAUAGAAAUUUUAAUUUUGUAAAGUAGUGUAUAAUAUUGUAACAUUAAAUUCUUGUUCUCAAAUUCCAAUAUGUAUUGAUCUUCAAUGUGCUGUGUUAAAUCUUGUUUCUCUGAUACACUACUAGAGACAAGAUUUGUCUUCCUUUUUACAGUUUGUAAUUUUCACUGUUUUAUUCCUGUAAAAAAAAUAGUCAUUUGUAACCCAUGCAAAUAAUCGUUGGAACUGUGCUAACUUAUCAAUUUGGCUAUUCAAUAAAGUUAAUUGAAAGAGCUUA